UGUCAAAGAGAGGCCCGUGCUGCAGCAGGGGGGGCGUAAAUAAAAUAAAAACAACAGUUUAUUGCUUUAUUUUCAGAUAAUUUAUUUUCCUUUCUUAUUUAACAAGUGUCAUAUACAAUACUAGCAUCAUAAACCGACGCGUAUAUGACCAGCUCCUCUCGCAAUCACCGUUGACAACAAUUUGCAGUCUUGAUCAUUCUCGUCUCGCAUAACAAUCCUUGCCAAACAUGUUUCAGCUGUCCUGCUGAGCUAUGGGGCGCUGUUGGAGCUGUCUAUACAGAGACCCCAUCCAAGACAACCAUCUCACUAAAUUCAAGGUGACCAAUGUGGAUGAUGAGGGGAAUGAGUUGGGUUCUGGGACCAUGGAGCUCACCCAGACCGAGCUCAUCCUGCACACACGCAAGAGGGACGCCAUCCGGUGGCCCUACCUAUGUCUGCGGCGCUAUGGCUACGACUCCAACCUCUUCUCAUUCGAGAGUGGCCGGCGCUGUCAGACUGGACAGGGGAUCUUUGCGUUUAAAUGUUCUCGUGCGGAGGAGAUUUUCAACCUCCUCCAGGAGCUGAUGCAGUGCAACAGUAUCAAUGUGGUGGAGGAGCCUAUGAUCAUGACCGGCAGCGGACACGCACGAGAGAUAGACAUUCCUCGAACACCACAGACACCCAACACUCCAUCAUUCCCUGUCCAGGGUUUUCCCAAUGGAUAUCCGGGGUAUCCCAUGAGAGCUGAAUCCUCCCAGCCCUCUCUAACUGACGACCCACAUGGCCACAGCCUCAUGGGCCUGGAUGACCAGGCUCACACCUAUAUGAAUACUGUUACUGUGGAUGGGGAACUCUCCAGUCGACACUGUGUACACUCUCUACCUGAGGUGCGGCCCACCUCCUUCAACGAGUCAACCCGAGGAGCCAUGCCUGUUGGGGGCCAAGGAGGUGGGAAGGCCAGCAUGCACUGCUGCCCACUGGAGGAACAACGCAAGGAACCCCAGGUAUUCCUCCAGCCCUCCUCUCAGGAGGUCAAAUUCAUGCUGGGACCCACCCCUGCACAGCGCCACCUGCUAGAGAGGGAGAGGCAUGGGGGCCACAAUCCCCAUCUCAUGCUGCCUGUAGAGGGCACCACAGGCUCAGAGGCAGAGGGGGACGAGCCUCCUCUGCACUUGUGCAACUCCCACUCCUACCACCACCCUCACUAUCACCAUGUGAUGCACCGGCACCCUGGCCACGAGCACCAGGAGGGCUGCCAGGGCAGCCAGCUCACCUAUGAGAACAUCAACGGCCUGAGAGGGGGGCGCCGGAUGAGACUCAGCCCCAGCAGCGUGUCCCAGUCUGUGGGCUCCAGCAGCAGCAGCAGCACCACCGGAGACAGUCACGCACAAUCACACCCACACCCUCUCCAACCGCACCCCCACGGCCCAUCCUCUCUGCCCCCUCAGGGGUACCCCUGUGAGCGGGGCGUAGGGAUGGGCGGAGGUCACCGGCGGACAGCUCUGCUCAACUACGAGAACCUGCCGUCGCUGCCGCCGGUGUGGGAGUACCGCGCCCUGCAUAAAGACGAGGAGCAGGACGACGAUGACGAGGAACAGGAUGAGGAGGAGUACGAGGAAGAGGAAGAGGACUUUGACGAGUACGAGUUUUCAGAGGGUCCUGGGACGCCCAACGGGUACCACCAGGACGGGCUGGGGAGGGGGGGAAUCCACCGUGACGCCCUGCAGAACUAUGUCAACACAGAGCAGGUCCAGCCCAGCCGGCUGCGACAUGCCUGCCCCCCUCACCUCCAGGCCUGCCACCCCCAGUCGGACCGUGGCGGACGAAUAUUCAGCUUUGAUUUCCGUAGGCGGCCGGGAGGAGGGUUUGGUCGGGGAGAGGGCUGUGAACACGGUCAUAUGACCCCAUCGAGGCAACUCAACUAUAUCCAGGUGGACCUCGAUGCAGAGCCGCCAUGCCAGGCCCUCGGUGGGGGUGGAGGAGGAGCCCAGUCUCAGCACCAGCCACUACAGCCACAGCACCAGUGCCUGCCACCCCUCAAAUGUGGCCCCCAGCAGGCCCCACGGCGCAGUGAGUUCUACGCUGUGAUCGACCUGAAGAAGACAGCAGCCAUGUCCAACUUGCAGAAAGCCCUCCCCCGGGACGAUGGGACGUCGAGAAAGACUCGCCACAACAGCACAGACCUGCCUCUGUAG